GGUAAUAUAGCCUUGUUUGAGGCAUGCUGUAAGGAGCGGAUACAGCAGUUUGAUGAUGGUGGCUCUGAUGAAGAAGACAUUUGGGAAGAAAAACAUAUCGCAUUUACACCGGAGUCCCAGAGGCGUUCCAGUUCGGGCAGUACGGACAGUGAAGAAAGUACAGAUUCUGAAGAAGAGGAUGGAACAAAACAAGACUUGUUUGAAUCGCACACCAAUAUAGAGGACAAAAUGGAAGUAGACUUAAGUGAACCACCAAACUGGUCAGCUAACUUUGAUGUACCCAUGGAGACUGCACAUGGUGCCAAUCUGGAUUCUGUUGGCUCUGAUGUGUGGAGUACAGAAGAACCUAUGCCAGCAAAAGAAACUGGCUGGGCUUCCUUUUCAGAGUUCACGUCCCCUUUGAGCUCUAAAGAUUCCCUAAGAAGUAAUUCUCCUGUGGAAAUGGAAACAAACACAGACCCAAUUGAUCCCUUGAGUGCAAAUGUAACUGCUCUUGCAACACAGCUGGAGACCCCAGGAAGUGUUGCUAUGGAGGCCAGCUCAGAUGGAGAGGAUGAUGUAGAAAAUGCAGACAAAGUAACUGAAACAGUAAUGAAUGGCAGCAUGAAGGAGACACUGAGUCUUACUGUAGAUGCUAAAACUGAAACGGCUGUUUUCAAAAGUGAGGAAGGAAAAUUGUCUACCUCGCAGGAUGCUUCUUGUAAAUAUGUAGUAGAAGAGAAUGCAGAGGUUGCAGAAGAGGCUUCUUCAGCUUUGCAGCCUACUAACGGCAGUCCAGAACAGAG